CGAGCGCAGCUCUUGUUUAAAGGGCCGGCGGGGCACGUGGCUCGGACGCAGCUCGCGGCCGCCCGGCAGGAUCUCUGAGGCUGGGCGGCACCGCUCCGCCUCCGUCGCCGCGCCGCGCCGGGUCCGACAGGCCGGGCCUGAGGAGAGCCGCCGAGAGAGGGACGCAGGCAGCCAUGGCCGAAGCGGCGCCUGCCCCGGCUCCAGAGAGGGACAAGCAAACAGGGGAUGAAAGGCCUUCAACUCCUUCUUCAUCACCUCAGCCAGCUGCUGAGAAGAACUCAUACCUCUACUCCACGGAGAUCACGCUGUGGACAGUGGUGGCCGCCAUCCAGGCCUUGGAGAAGAAGGUGGAUUCCUGCCUGGCCCGCCUGCUGACUCUGGAGGGGCGGACGGGGACGACCGAGAAGAAGCUGGCCGACUGCGAGAAGACGGCCAUGGAGUUUGGGAACCAGCUGGAGGGCAAGUGGGUGGUGCUGGGGACCCUGCUGCAGGAGUACGGGCUGCUGCAGAGGCGGCUGGAGAACAUGGAGAACCUGCUGAGAAACAGGAACUUCUGGAUCCUGCGAUUGCCCCCGGGCAGCAAGGGUGAAGCCCCCAAGGUGCCCGUGACCUUUGAUGACGUGGCGGUGUAUUUCUCUGAGCCGGAGUGGGGCAAGCUGGAUGAGUGGCAGAAGGAGCUGUACAAGCACGUGAUGAGGGGCAACUAUGAGAUGCUUGUCUCCCUUGAUUAUGCCAUCUCCAAACCGGACAUCCUCACGCGGAUGGAGAGGGGAGAGGAGCCUUGUCCUGAAGGCCCAUGGGGCCGGGAGGAGGGAAAUGAGAGAGAGGAAGCACGCCCAAGGUGGCCAGGUGCUGGCCUUCCUCUAUACCCAGAGCACAUCCCCAGCCCCGUCAGCCCUGCCCAGGAGGAGCCAAAAGAAGGUCAGGCCUCCAGGCACCAUCAAGACUCAGAAACAAGAGUAACCCCACCUGAAAUGAGCACUGGGCCCCCAGCCAGCACCAGCGUUUUGUCCUCUGUUAAACGGGAGGAAGAAUCUUCAGAUGGGGAGUUACCUCCCUCCCCUCCCAGAGACAUCCUGCCCGGCAUGGGGCCAGGUGGUGGCGGUGUGGUCAUCAAGACGGAAGCACAAUCUGAGGACGAGAUGAUGCCUGAGCAGCUCUUCCUGGGCGAGACCCCGAGCCAGUCGGCAUGUAGACUCCCCAAAGGGCCCAGAAGCAGGACCGGGGGUUCCGGCCGGCUUCACGCAGGGAGAGUGCCCAGGGCGCGGGCAGGAGACCCUCGGCCACCGGGGACUGGGGGCGAGCCGCCCCGUGUCCUCCCCCGCCGGCGAGAGCGGGCCUUCCCCUGCCCUGACUGCGGGCAGAGCUUCCGCCUGAAGAUCAAUCUGACCAUUCACCAGCGGACCCACGUGGAGGAGGAGCAGCACCGGGAGGCCCGGGGCGGCUCGCCCACCGGGUGGGGGGACGCCCACUCCGCGCUGGAGCCGGGGGAGGUGGUGGUGCCCGGCCCGGUCAUCCGCUGGCUCCCCGAGGAGCCCGAGGGCCGCCGGUCCUUCGUGGGGCGGAGGCCGGCGGCUGCCAAGGUGUACCACUGCAGCGAGUGCCUGCGCUUCUUCCAGCAGCGGAAGAGCCUGCUGCUGCACCAGCGCCUGCACACGGGCAACAGCCAGGGCUGGCCCGCCUGCCCCUACUGCGGCAAGGCCUUCCGCCGGCCCUCGGACCUCUUCCGGCACCAGCGCAUCCACACGGGCGAGCGGCCCUAUCAGUGCCCUCAGUGCGGCCGGGCCUUCAACCGGAACCACCACCUGGCGGUCCACAUGCAGACGCACGCCCGAGGCCAGGUGGGCCCGCACUUUCCUGCUCCCUCUGCCCGCCCCGGGAGCCCGCCCCUGCCCCGGGCUGGCCACUCCGAGGAGGGCUGACCAGGCAGGAGCCUGCGGGGGCACCCGGGCAGGACCUUCUCUCCACCUGCGGAGCCUUUCCACUUGUGCCUGAUGCUGGUUCCUCCUUCUGGGAUGGCUUGGAGAGAUUUUUUUUUUCCUUCAUUCAAAUGGGAAGCAGUGGCCUUUUUGGUGACAGAGUGUAUGUGUGUGACCAGAUGCCUCAGUUUCUUAAGUUUGUCACUGCUGCCCUUUCUACAUUCCUGACUUAUAAAGGAUCCAUUAAGGCUUAGGGGUGCCAAGCUUUGGUGGGGCCUUUGACAGGUCCCAUGGAUAGGGAGGAGGACCAGAGGCCAUGGCCUUUCCAGUAGGGGGUGUUAGAGACAUUGGGGGCCUGGGGUUUGAUUUUGUACACAGAGGUCUUGGCUUUCUGUCAACACGAGAAACAGCAGAGUGGACAGACAGCCUGAAGAAUAGGCACUGGAAAUUUGAGUUUUCUACUGUUAUUUUGAAACUUUUUUUCUUUUUAUGGAGUUUUUCCAAGUGUUUUCGUAAGUAUUGUGUGUGGUUGUAAAGGGGACCAAGAACUCCUGAGGGGCAGGAAUUAUUCUGCUACCUCCUUGUUGUGGAGGUGGCAGAGGGACUGUUGAUGGGGAUGCCUUGGCUGCUGCCCUGGAAACCAGGUGUCUGCCCGGAGUGAUUCCCAGUAUUCCUAGUCCUUUCCCCCGUGGGUGUCCACAUCCAUGAUGACUUCGGUAAUCAGCUGAGAGGGGGAACUGAAGCCUGGAGUGGAUGACACUUCCCCCAGGGUCUCAGUGUUCAUGGGUGUCCACACUCCACAGACUGGACCCCACCUUACACCUGGGGGUGGGGGGUCAGGUGCACAGCGGGUCCAUGAAGUUCCUCCCCGAGAGGAAGAUCCUGGUCUCAGUGAGGCUGGUCAGUCAGUGAGGCUGGUCAGCCACCGUGGACUGGGGGGUUGCCAGGCCUGACUUGUCACAUCAAAGGAAGGGGCUGCAUUCUAGAACUUGGGGCUCAUGGCAGAGUUAGGCCAGGAGAUCUAGGUGACUCUUUUAAUCACCUCCAGCCUUAUGGUCCUUGUCUGUCGAAGGUGGUAAUGACCCCAGUGCAUCCUGCCUCACCUUGGAGUUGUCAGGGUCAUCAUAGAUGUAGAGGCAACGGGACGAAUAAGAAGCCUGAUUUUGACCUUCCUUUCAAGUUCAGGGCCCGCUUUCUCUUCUGUGUUGAUCUCCAGCCCUUUUCCCAGUCAGAAUCACUCAAGAAGGACCUUAAUUUUCUGAAGUGAGUGGAACGUCCCAUGGGGGCAGAGUGAGGUAAGACUUUCCCUUUGGGCUAUAUCCUCCAGGAGCCCUUUGUACCUCAGUGGAACAAAUUCUUACCAAAGCAAUGAGGUUCAGACUGGAGGUUUGGGCAGGAUCACUGGGCCUCAUGGCGAAGUCUUGGUGGCAGCUAGCGUCUUGUGCCUCUGAAAUCACACCACUUUGGUGCUACCUAUAGACCAGUCCGUGGUCUGGGUGAUUUUGAAGCUGGAGUGAUGGGUCCUCAGCUCUUCUGAUUGUUGUCUUACUUGUCUGGCACUAUGUGAAAUGUCCAGGGUUCCGCCUGCUUCCAGGUGCCUGGGUCCUUGGCUGUGCCACUUCCUGUUGCCCCCUCAGACCCUUGGACCUCUCCCAAAGUCCUGAACAGGGUUGGGGGCAGAUGGAAACAUUGCUGUCAUCUCUGGGGAGAGAGUGAGUAUACACGUCAGUGACAGCUCAGCCAAGCUCCUGAGGGCUUGGGAGAGGUGCCUCCCUUCCCUGCCAUAGAUUCCGUUUGUCUGCUCUGACGUCCCCAGCCCUUGCCAGGAGCCCCAUAGUCAGGGCUGGGUUGUCAGCAAGUGUGCAGACAGGAUGUGGUGCUAGUGUAGCUGCUGAGAGCUUAACCCUCAGCUGCGAGAGCUAGUCUCAGGUGUUUCCUUGGGAUGCCUCAGGGCUCAGAGUUUUUAGGCCUUUUUCAUGCUUAAUGCCCUGUGUAAAUACCGAAACUAACAGAAACAGCAGUUGCUAUGCACUGGUGCUCCCCUUCUUCCAAAGCAUUCAAUGUGCCAGGCUCCCGGCUAGGCCCUGUGAGUGUGCCUGGCACUCAGAGGUGUUCAAUGGACGUUCUUUACACUAAAAUGAGUCAGCGGAGGCUGCGUGACCCAGGAGGCUGGAGCCUGGUUUGACCCCAGACUCACCCCCAGCUUUGGGUCUCGGGUUCCUCAUGUGUAAAAGCAAAGUUGGGGUUCCGGUGUUAAAGGCCCUUGAGAACUGCGAUGAUGGCGGAACCUUGGCCCCAUCAGUGCUCAAUAAAU